AUGUCGGAGGAAACGACACCGCUGCUCCGGGAAAACACCCAGCCAAACUACACGGUUUGUGAUAGCGAGCAUGGUGGGGAAGAACCACCGAAGAAAUCACAUCUUGUUUUUGUGAUACCAAUGGCGGUCGGGAUAUUUCUGUGUGCAAUGGACCAGACCAUCAUCGUCUCUUCAUAUGCCUCCAUCGGAAGCGACCUGAACGAGUUGCACAAUACCAGCUGGAUUGCGACGUCUUAUCUUCUUACCAUUACAAGUUUCCAACCGCUCUAUGGCAAACUCAGCGACAUAUUCGGGCGAAAGAGCUGCUUGCUCUUCGCAUAUACCAUCUUCGCUAUCGGCUGCCUUCUAUGCGGACUCUCCAGAAAUAUGACUGAAUUGGUGGCUAGCAGGGCAUUCGCUGGGAUUGGUGGUGGAGGGAUGCAAACGAUCGUCAGCAUCAUUAUGUCGGAUGUCGUUCCUCUUCGCGAACGAGGAACAUGGCAGGGAGUUCUUAACAUCGUAUUCGCAACUGGGAAUAGCGUAGGAGCGUCGCUGGGAGGCUAUCUCGCAGACACAAUCGGCUGGCGCUGGGCCUUCCUCAUCCAAGUGCCUAUCACAGUCGUUGCAAUCCUGGCUGUAUCUCUCGCCCUCCAACUCCCCAAGAAAGAGACCGGCGACUUCAUGACCAACCUCAAGCGCAUCGACUUCGGGGGCGCGAUCUCCCUUGUCGUCGCGGUCUUCUGCCUGCUCUUCGGGCUCGACCGUGGCGGGAAUGUUGGGUGGUCCGACCAGCUCACCAUUGCCUCCCUCUCCGCCUUCGCUGUCGCCUUUACCGUCUUCGUGUUCGUCGAGAUGGAAUUCGCGACCGAGCCGUUCGCGCCGAAGAGGAUCAUCGUCAACCGGUCGCUAAUCGCGAGCUAUCUCGUGAACUUUUUCGGGAUUGCGGGAUCGUUCACGAUGUUGUUCCAUAUCUCGCUGUACUUCCAAGCGGUGCAGGCGCAGACGGCGUCGCAGGCCGGCCUGUGGCUUAUUCUUUGUGUCGUGGGUGCGGUCAGCGGGUCGGUGGCGGGAGGGCUGAUCAUCCAGGCGACGGGGAAGUUUUAUGUUAUCACUGUCCUUGGUUAUGUCGCCCUCUUCGUAGGCUCAGCCCUUGUGACACUGACGUCUGGAGUUGUGAUCACUUCGAUAGCUGGGAUUGCUAUCGGUCUGGUGAUAUCUAGUAUCGGUAACGGGAGUGGCAUUACGACGAGUCUCAUCUCCUUGAUCGCGAAUGCAGGACAAGCGGACCAAGCUAUCGCGACUGCAGUAUCGUACCUCUUCCGCUCUCUUGGGUCUGUGGUUGGCCUCUCCGUGGGCAGCACGCUCGUGCAAAUGUCUCUGCAGUCCUCACUGCGCGGGAAGCUGUCAGGAGCAGACGUCGACGAGAUCAUCAAGAAAGUCCGCGAAUCCCUGAAGUAUCUCGACGAGCUCGACCCCUACACGCGGGCUGUCGUCCGUACGUCGUAUGAGGAUGCGAUCCAUGUCACAUUCUGGUUCUCGGUAGCCCUGGCUGCGUGUGGGUUGGUCGCGUCAGUGUUCAUCAAGGAGAAGAAUCUGGCUGCACGGACUUGA